GGAAACAGUUCAACACCGACGAGAGCGAACGAAAUAAAGUCAACUUGCAGUGUUUGCCGUUAAAAAAAAUUAUGGGAAUUAUUUGCCAAAUUAUUUUUCACAACAAUGUGCAUGGAGUCUUCUACGCGGGACAAACGGUUUCUGGCCAAGUGACUCUGAGUACGGAUAAGUCGAUUCAAAUAAAAGCAAUCAGGCUUAAGCUUAAAGGAUAUGCCGAGACGCACUGGACCGAAAGUAAGACUGAUUCGAACAACAAAUCCACUUCAGAAUCGUAUAAUGGAUUUGAGAAAUACCUUUCCAGUAAAGUUUAUCUGUUGGGCUCUGAAACAAGCACUGAAAUGGCCUUAGAGCCCGGAACCAGAGCAUAUAAUUUUGCUUGUCAAAUUCCAAUCAACUGUCCCUCCUCGUUCGAGGGAACUCAUGGUCGCAUAUGCUAUAGUGUGAAUGUCAAUAUAAUACAGCCCUGGAAGUACGACAGUCUUUUUUCAAGAGCGUUCACUGUAAUCCAAGUAAUGGACAUAAACACAUAUCAGGGUGUUUCUCAGGUUCCCGUGCAGGCCAGGACUGAAAAGACCUUUGGGGUGUGGCCGUUCCGCUCGGAUCCGCUGACCUUGGAGUUAAACUUGCCGCAGACUGGUUUUGUGCCCGGACAGACGGUCCCCGUGAAUGUGUUGGUGGGUAAUGAAAGCAAGAUCCGGGUGUACGAGGUAAAGGUCGCCCUGGCCAUGAUGAUCACCUACUACAGUGACCUGAGCUCGGGCGUGAACAGUGAGCGCAAGUCCGUGGCCAAGCUGAAGGCAGAUGGGGUCAUGAGGAAUUCCCGGAAGAUGUACGACUUUCAACUGCCAAUUCCCUCCACUCCGCCUUCAUGUUUCCACCUGUGCCGCAUAAUUAAGAUCGGAUACCAGAUCGAAGUUGUGGCCAAGGUCAAGGGCAUGCAUGUUAACGGAACUCUGGUACUGCCAGUUACUAUUUGUGGGGUUCCGAUAGCGCCGCCAAUGGGGCAAUAUAUACCAGAUAGUUCUACGGAUCAGAGUACUUUGACUCUGAUUGAAGGUGAGGGAGCAUGUGCUCCAGCUGCUCCUCCAUACCCGUGGUCAGAGGGCUCCGUCCCAUCACCACCCAGCUAUGCUGAGGCCAUGCAUAUGCAUCCUGAUCCGGAGAAGCCCAGGCAAGGGCAGCCAGAACCAAGGGAUCUGGUUGAGAAGUCCUAUUCGCCUCUAUAUCCUGUCUAUAAACUGCCACCUCAAACUGAAGCCAAGAAGGACAAAGAGGAACAAAAAUGA